GGGUCGCACGCGUGCACGUAGGGGGUCCGGAAGAUGAGGGAAGUCCCUCCGGUGCCCACAGUAUCCCCACCUUCGCUCUCCGGGCCCAGGGGCUCCAGAGAAGACAGCUCACCCCCCGAGCGUGCCAAGGUGGAGUAUGCCUACAGCGACAACAGCCUGGACCCCGGGCUUUUUGUAGAAAGCACACGCAAGGGGAGUGUAGUGUCCAGAGCUAAUAGCAUCGGUUCCACCAGUGCCUCUUCCGUCCCCAACACAGAUGACGAGGACAGUGAUUACCACCAGGAGUCCUACAAGGAGUCCUACAAGGACCGGCGGCGGCGAGCACACACUCAGGCUGAACAGAAGAGGAGGGAUGCUAUCAAGAGAGGCUAUGACGACCUUCAGACCAUCGUCCCUACCUGCCAGCAGCAGGACUUCUCCAUUGGCUCCCAAAAGCUCAGCAAAGCCAUCGUUCUACAGAAGACUAUUGACUACAUCCAGUUUUUGCACAAAGAGAAGAAAAAGCAGGAGGAGGAAGUGUCCACGCUACGCAAGGACGUCAUGGCUCUAAAGAUCAUGAAAGUGAACUAUGAGCAGAUUGUGAAGGCACACCAGGACAACCCCCACGAGGGGGAGGACCAGGUCUCUGACCAGGUCAAGUUCAACGUGUUUCAAGGCAUCAUGGACUCCCUGUUCCAGUCCUUCAAUGCCUCCAUCUCCAUGGCCAGCUUUCAGGAGCUGUCAGCCUGUGUCUUCAGCUGGAUUGAGGAGCACUGUAAGCCUCAGACUCUACGGGAGAUCGUGAUUGGUGUCCUGCACCAACUGAAGAACCAGCUUUACUGACCUGCAGAACAGCCAACCAAAGGCCCGAGUCUCCUACUUGGCCACAACCACUGGGCUUAUGAGAUUGAACUGUGACACCGUACACAAGUCAGCUGGUUUCUCUUCAUGUUUUGUCCCCUAGCCCCCCUAAUCCUCAGUGGGGCUGGGGUGUUUGUGAAAGCUUCUGAUUAAUUUAUUAUAUUGACCAUAGAGCUCAAACCUACCCAGUCUCCCCCCCACACAUAGGAGUCAUCAGAAUGGGGUCCGCUCUGGGCACCCUGCCCUUUCCUAAGCUUCAGAUUUCGGCAUAUGAUCUGCACAUACUUAGAAACUACUGUUUGCUUGUGUUGGCCUCUUGGGUGACAACUGGCCCAAGUUAGGCUUUUUGGCAGUAGUUGCACAGGAAGAAAGCAUUAAGAGAAAAUACUUUCACAGCUGCAUAGGGUGAAAGGGCUUGUGCUGAGGCUAGAGCUGCCUGGUCAGCCCAAGGCAAAGCCACGGCUUUCUGGCCAGCUCAGGGCAGGGCUGCCAGGUUGCUGCUCCGCCGUUUACUCCGUCACUUCUUUACCCUCUGCUCUGGACAGCAGAGAAGCAGCCUCCCCCCUACUCCUGCCCUCUGUCCCCACAGGCAUUGGCACUGUGCAGCAAAGUCAAAUGGAUACAGCACCACAUAUUAAAGUUUUUAUUUUUCUAAACACCAACAAA